AUGGAGAGCCCUGAAAACACAGAAGAAAACAACAUGACCAUUACAAUAACUGUCAUUCGUGGAAAUAACCUGCAAGGAAAAAAGUCAGACAGCUUCCAGAGUUUUGUUCAUGUGGAGAUGGACGGGAUGGUGCUGGGAGAGUCAGACAAGACGCACGCUGAUCCUGUGGCGCGGAGCGUCAACUACGACUUCACCUGCAACUUCCAGUGCCCCCAUGAUACUCAGGCACUCAGUGAUAUCGCCCACAAACCACUCAUAAUGACGGUGACGGAGUUCCUGCCUGACGAGAAGAAAGUGGAGGCGAGGAACGCAUUGAUGGGCCAAGCUGUGGUCGACCUACUGCCACUGCUGCAAGGUCAGUGCAGCUUCUCAUCCACAGUCCCUCUGAGUCUAGUGAACAACUCCCCAGCUAAGGGGUCCUCCCAGGACUCCAGCAGUAGGAAGCCGGCACUGGACGUGUUUGUCAGUGUGUCGAAUCCAUUGCUGUCUGAGUCUGAACUCUCAGCCUCUAACCUGCUGAGGGUAACUGUGGAGACAGCCUACUCCCUCCCUGAGUCAUGGACUCAGAUGUCUGGCCCCGCUCCCACUCCAUACAUGUACACUGCUGCCCUGGAGGUCCCUCUUACUGCACAGAAAGAUCAGAUGCUGGUGUUCUGUGAGGGGCAGCUCAAGGCAGGGGGACAUAGGGAAGACAGUGGUCGACAGAAGAAGAGGCCCCAUCAAGCUCUGCUCCUCCCAGGGAACCACUUCUUGCCUGGAGCCUUUAUCCAGGCAGAGACGACUGAGCAGGAGAAUGGCGAGCUAACUGAAUUAGAGGACCGCGAGUUUCGUUGUGAAGCAGAGAUCAUGAGGAGUCGGGUGAGCUGGGACACAGAGAUGCGCUGUUUUCUGGAUGAAGGAGGAACUGUCAGGCUGCGUCAGAGGAUCACUGAGAGCAGACUGUGGCCGGUGGAGAUCAUGAGGUCAUUGGCUCCCCUGGGAAAGCCACCUGAGGAGGACCCACAGAUCCCCUUCCAUGGUGUGGUGUUUGUGGACGUGGGGAUGUUGCUGUAUCCUGGAGUUACCCGCAUCCGAGGAGCGUACAGCAUUCAGCCCUUCUCCGAAACUGAGUUGCUGAACAAGGCAAAGCGAAGCAUCAGUGUGUUGAAGGAGCAGGCCAAGGCUGCUGCCAGCCAGAUCAAAGCUCGAGCAGGCUCGGCUGCAGGCUCUUGCAAAGGGAGGGCAGGGAAGGCCAUGGAUGGAACCAAGGGAGCCAAGGAUCCCAAGGAGCCAGCCAAAAAGCAACCUGGCAAUCAGAGCAGGACGGCUCCAGCUGACAGUGUGGCCGACAGUGUGACAGAAACUGAACAACACGUCAAUAUAGAGGGAAAUAUGUACGUGGAGGCCAGGACUUACAUUAUUAUUGAAAUUGCCUUGGAGAAACCGUUAGUGCCCAAAACAUCUCCAGAGGAGCUGGCCAGAUGGGUAAAAUCCAUGAUCCCUCCCAGACCUCCACUUCCAGCGGGUCCUAGUAAAGCAGAAAGAGCAGUGCAGGGCUUCCACAAGCAGGUAGGCAACGUGGUGGCCCAUAUUUCAGACCAGUAUGAGGAAUUGUUUGGAGCAAAAUGCAAGUCACCUGAUGACUGCAGCCAGGAGCAAAUGAAGGCUCAGCUGAUGGGAGCACUUAAUGUCUCUGGGAGAUAUUUUGCCUUCAAGGAACAGAUGAAGCAUGCAGUGGUGAGGAUUGUGCGUGACAAGAUGCAGCAGACAGAGCCAUUCACUGAGCCUCAGGAUCUGCAGGCUUUUGUCAGCAAACUCUACGUCUACCUGGUGGAUGAGAUGCACUUAGCUAUGAAUAAGAUUUAUUCAGAUGACGUUGAUGAUGACGACUCCCCAGAUGAGAUCCAUUUGAGUACUUCUCAGCUCAGACAUUUUGCUAAAGAGGCUCAGCUUACUGGGGAUUAUCAGCAGGCUGCUCAGUACUACCAGGAGCUGGUGGUGAGGCAUCCAUGUGAACCUUCCCACAAGUUUGAGUGGGGAAGCCUUUACAUGAUGACUGGAGACUACAUGAAAGCUAAAGAGUGUUUCCAUGAUGCUGUGUCCAUCCAGCAGGCCCACCAGCCCAGCCUGAUGAUGUGUGGGGUCCUAGCAGUGAUGUUUGAACGUUUCGAGGAGGCUGAGGUCUUCCUGGAGCGAGCCACCAGCAUAGAGCCGCCCAGCGUGGUGGCCUGGACACUGCUGGGUUUUGUUCAGGAGACCCAGAACAAACCCACCCUGGCUGAGAGGGCUUUCAUGGAGGCCAAAAAUCAGCUGAAGGCAGAGGUAGCAAGGAGACAAACACAGAAGGGGGAGGAGAAGAAAACUGAGAAGAAGAAGAAAGACCAGCAUGAGCAAGAGGAGACUGCUGCAGCUGCAUGUAAUUCUAGUGACAAUAAGCAAGACUCAGAGUGUGGAGACCAGGACUCAGUGGUGCACAGAGAGCCUCCAGCAAAACAUGUCAGUUCCAGAUCAGCUCCAGCUACAUUCUCAACAAUCUACACGGAGACGGUCCAGUUCCUGCUGCAAAACAAUGCCGUGCAGAUGGCAGAACACGCUCUGUCCCAGGAACUGCUGUGUUCAGACGGUGGUCGCAGUUUCUCCUACCUCCUUCAUCUGGCCCGUUUGCAAUUGCUCAGAGCUGAUUAUUGCAGUGCCAUCGCCAGCCUCAAGGAGGCACUAUUGUACAGAGACCAGGAUGCAGAUGCGUGGGCUCUGAACGGUCACUGUCACUACCUGCGCAGGGAGUUCACUGAGGCCCGAGGCAGCUAUGAGCUGAGCCUGAUCUUACCGCAGCAGCCAUCAGACUCUUACCUUGUUGUCCUUCGCCUGGGAUCCAUCUAUCUCCAGGAGGGAAAGUUUGAGCAAGCCAAAGUUGUGUACCUGCAGGCUUGCGAGCAGUCUCCAUCCUGUCUGACCUGGUUAGGCCUGGGCAUCACCUGUUACCGGCUGGAGGAGCUGUGUGUAGCCGAGGAAGCUUUGACUGAGGCCAAUCAUUUGAACAACCAGAAUGCAGAAGUGUGGGCUUACCUGUCUCUGAUCUGCCUCAGGUCUGGCAGACAGGUGGAAGCAGAGCAGUUUUAUAAAUACGCCACAAGAUUCAACUUGCAGAAACAUUCACUCCUCGAGGAGUUCAGAGCGCUGCAGGAUGAGGUCCGCUUCAGUCAUCUAGUGUCAUGCUUUGGAACAAGCUGCGACACAAGGGUUUAA